GUCAUGCACCUCACGACUUCUAUACAGUGGUAUCUCCCGCCUUACGCCUCGUACUUCAUUGCUUUGCCCUACUAAGGUGCUGUUCGCUAUCGUUCAAAAGUGGGCAAGACUUCCAUGGAGGCAGUAGGAUGGGUGGCACGAUCAGGUAGAUCACUGCUGAAAUCGAAUAGCUUUCGUCCCCCCAAGCAUGGACUCUCGUCCUCUUCUUCCGUUUCUGUAUCGGAGAGCUUGGAACAGAAGGAUCGGAAGGUGACUGCCGCUAUCACAAAGCGCUCCAAGAAAGGUCGCCUUCCCUACGGAGACGUCGAUGAGGAUUAUGCCACCCUGAUUAAAAUCAGAGUUGGAUUGCAAGGUGGGGACCCGAAGUUCGGAGAAUUGACAGAAAUGCAAGCCCAGAGGGCUAUGAUAAUUAUCCAAAAGCUCUAUGAGAACGACACUAUAUGGCGAUGUCUAACCGAUUAUUACCCGACUUUGGAUCGACGUAGACUGCCCAGGCUGCAAGUCAGACUUUCUCAGAGCUCAGGUCUGUUGCCGCCAUCCCUAUUUAUCGAAGUCGAGAGCAUGGGCCAAUUCAUGGAACGCACUGGUGGUCAAGCGAAUAUAUUUUCAGCCAGAUUGAAUGGCAAUAAAGUCGCGGUGAAGGAAUUGCGAAUAUUCCAGAACAUGACCAAGAGCGAAAGGACGAGAGUUCAGAUGACCUUUUCGCGUGAAGCUAUUCUGUGGUCUCACCUUCGGCAUCGCAAUGUCAUUCGAUUGCUCGGGUUAAAGUCUAUGCAAUGGGGAGCGCCAGUCAUGAUAAUGCCCUGGUAUAGGCGAGGUAGCGUAAUGAAUUUCUUAACAACAUCUAAAAGUCGGCCUACCGUCAGUCAACUGAACAAAUGGUUAUUGGACGUCGCCACAGGACUGAAGUACCUACAUAUGGAAGAAAUUGUCCAUGGUGACCUCCGAGGCGCUAACGUACUACUCUCUGAUCAUGGCGAUGCUGUGUUGACUGACUUUGGACUUGCGGUCUUUGCAUCUGAACACAGUAACGCAUUAGGCUCUCUACGCGGUGGGAGUGAACUCUGGCAAGCUCCCGAGCUCCUUGAUCCCGCAUUAUUUGGCUUAACAUCGUUCCGGCCGACGUAUAAAAGCGAUCUAUUUUCGUUUGCCUGUCUCUGUAUCGAGAGGCCCCAUUCGCGGAGCUGACGAUUAUGACUGCACGUCGGAGAGUGACGAAAGGAGAGAGACCUCCUUGUCCUUCAGCUCCUGCUCACCAGAGUAUGUGUGAUGAGCUGUGGGAUGUAGUGCAGCUAAGCUGGCGUCAUUUGGCCAGCGAACGCCCCACCGCUGACUUUGUCGCUACGGCGAUGCAAAGGAUUGCUUCUUCCUAACGUCCUCAUCGGAACUACCCACAACACUCAUCGUUUUCCAGCUAUUGCGUCUUCCGUUUCAACGGCUACGGCGAUAUGCUACAGCCCCUGUCCCGUUGUUAGUCAUAUAAAAUUAAACAGCUACCAUAUAUGGGUUCUGCAUUGCAAUGUUGAUCAUGAUCGAUGGGGGAAAUUCAAUACAUAACAUUUUCUACU